ACAUUUAACUUUGAAAAUAUCUCUUGCUUAAGGUAAUAUGAAUUGGACUAUAAUUUUGCAGGAAGCAAUCCUAGUGAACUGUAGCAGGGGACCAGUGGUAGAUGAAGUGGCUCUUGUUGAGCAUCUGAUGCAAAAUCCUAUGUUCCGAGUCGGUCUUGAUGUCUUUGAGGCUGAACCUUUCAUGAAACCUGGGCUUGCUGAGAUGAAGAAUGCUGCUGUCGUACCACACAUUGCUUCUGCUUCCAAUUGGACUCGUGAGGGGAUGGCAACGUUAGCUUCUCAAAACGUCUUGGGCAAGAUCAAAGGAUAUACAAUUUGGGGUGAUCCAAACCGAAUCGAACCAUUCUUGAACGAGACGCUCCACCUCCUGCUGCAUGUCCGAGCAUCGUCAAGGCGAAAAGCAUUAGGUAACAUUCAUUUUUCAAACAUUAUCACCCUCCAAAAAUUUGCAGGUGCCAGGACAUAUGACUCUAUAACUUCAUCUUCAUUGAUCAAUCAUGUUUUCUGCCUCAGGUUUACCCGUUUCAAAGCUAUGAGCACCGAUGGUCGACCCGUCACCGUCCAAGCAGUGUCUGCUACGAAUAUAUGACGGACGGGGUUAUACCGAGUUUAGU